GUGAAGGAUGAGUUGAAGUGAAGGAUGGGUUAGGGUUUGGGGCAGUGAUCUGAAUUCGCGUGUUUGUGUGUGUGUGAGAGUGUUUGUGCUCUGGCAACCUCAAUUCCAUAGCAGUGAUCGAUCCCUCAUCGCCAUGCUUCUCCGGAAAAUUGAGUUGGAGGGAAGAAUUCACGUACGCAUUUAGAGUCUCGUCUGUUCAAGCCUGCUUGCGUUUUCAAUUCGCUGAUUGCGCUCAACAAAGUUGGUUUUUGUUUUUUUGUUUUUUUGUUUUUACUUUUUACUUUCCUUCCGUGACGUUUGAUUUCCGAAAUCAGAGUUGAUGCACGUCUUAUUCGUCAUUUCAUGUCUAGUUUUCUUAAUCCUGUUUUUUCAAUUCAUUUGUAUUUGUAACCUAACUUACUUGUGUGAAAAGGAUCGUGGUGAAUUGUGGUAGAGAAUUGGUUCUUAUUCAGCAUGUCCUAUCGUAUUUUUCUUUCUCUUCACCCCAUAGUUUUCGACUUUGAUCCGUAUUCAGCAAUUUAGAGGUGGUAUUUGUUGUUACUUAUUUGAUCAGUUCAUUCCAAUCAAGGGAUUAACGGAUAGGCACAAGAGGAGAGUGUACCUAAGAUCGGGGGAGGAAUGAAGUAGCGAAGUCAGGAUGCAUCGGGUGAGCAGCACUGGAAACACUGCAAAUUCCACUCGUCCUCGCAAGGAGCGGCGCUUCACCUAUGUUGUAGGCGACUUCAAUGACUCAAAGCAUUGUUCAGGGAUCAAUUGUAUAACUGGCCUGAAUGGUUCGAAAGGGGACCAGGGAUAUGAGUAUUUAUUUAGUGGCAGUCGAGAUGGAACUUUGAAGAGAUGGGUGCUUGGGGCUGAUGAGGCUGUAUGUGGCGCCACCUUUGAAUCCCACGUUGACUGGGUUAAUGACGUGGUGGUCACUGGCGAGGACACGCUUGUUUCCUGCUCCUCCGACACCACACUGAAGACGUGGAAGCCAUAUUCCGACGGCGAAUGUACCCGGACCUUUCGGCAGCAUUCUGACUAUGUCACAUGUCUUGCUGCCGCGCGUCAUAGUAAUACAGUGGCUUCUGGUGGAUUGGGUCGGGAAGUUUUCAUAUGGGACUUAGAAGCAGCUAUAGUGCCAGUCGCUCGAGCGCACAAUGAAGCCAAUGAGGAUGGCAACCAUGAGGGAAGUUGUACCUCAGGUGAUCGUUCAAUUACCUCAAACAAUCUUGUCACAGCUACUCCCGCACAAAAUCUCCAACAAGGUUAUGCUCCUUUACCUGCAAAAGGACACAAAGAGUCUGUAUAUGCUCUUGCCAUAAAUGAUACGGCAACCAUUCUGGUCUCAGGUGGUACUGAAAAGGCUGUCCGAGUGUGGGAUCCAAGAACUGGAAGCAAGCAAAUGAAAUUGAAAGGCCACACGGACAAUGUUCGGGCUCUCCUUCUAGAUCCUGCUGGCAGACUUUGCUUGUCAGGAUCGUCAGACCAUAUGAUACGGCUUUGGGAUUUAGGACAACAACGCUGCAUUCAUUCUUAUGCAGUUCAUACAGAUUCUGUCUGGGCUCUUGCAAGCACGCCUUCCUUCAGUCACGUGUAUAGUGGCGGUCGUGACUUUUCUGUGUAUCUCACGGACUUGUCGACUAGACAAAGUACUUUGCUUUGUAAAGAGGAACACUCAGUUCUGAGGUUGGCUUUACAAGGAGAGGAAUGGAUUUGGGUGGCAACUACGGACUCAUCCUUGCACAAAUGGCCUGCGUGUGAGUUAGCUAGCUCAAAAACAUUACAAAGAGCCAGCUCAUUUGUUGCCGGAUCACUGCCUUUUGCCCGUGCUCGAGCAAAUAUAGAUGGCUCAGCCCCUGUUCCUUUGUACACUCAGCCAACGUCAGUUAUUCCCGGUGCUGCUGGCAUUGUGCAGCAUGCUAUUUUGAAUGAUCGACGCCAUGUUCUUACUAAGGAUGCGGCAGGCAUUGUUAAGCGUUGGGAAAUUACACGUGGGGCGGUGAGUGAUGAUUACGGAAAGGUGAAUUUCGAAGAAAAAGAGAAGGAGCUUUUUGAAAUGGUGAGCAUGCCAGCGUGGUUUACUAUGGACACAAGAUUAGGAAGCAUGUCCGUGCAUCUUGAUACACCUCAGUGUUUCUCCGCAGAGGUUUAUGCUGCUGAUUUACACGUCCCAGGUGCUUCCGAAGAACUUAAGUUGAAUAUUGGUCAAGAAACACUUCGUGGGCUUCUUGCAAACUGGUUAACUCGAAGACGUGCCAAGGCAGCUGGAGUAACCGCGAUACCAAAUGGAGAUGCGUCCCCCAUUCCGGAUUCUGGACCUGGGGAACAUGGUCCUAGUCGCCGUUCAGCUUUGGAUGACAAUCUUCAUGAACCGAACAACCAGCAGACGCGUGUGUUUCCUUCAUUUCAAUUCUCAACUCAGGCACCUCCAUCUAUUAUCACUGAAGGCUCUCAGUGUGGUCUCUUGCAGGGUGGACCAUGGAGGAAAAAAGCAACGGACCUUAAUGGAACAGAGGACGAGAAGGAUCUGCCAGGGUGGUGUAUAGAUUGUGUCCUUCACGAACGUCUCUCUCAGCGCGAGAAUUCUAAGUGUAGCUUUUAUCUUCAUCCCUAUGAAGGCCAAACAAUCACUGUCCUCACACAAGGAAAGUUGAGUGCACCACGUAUUCUUCGGAUACACAAGAUUAAGAAUUAUGUAUCAGAAAAACUCAACUUGGAAAGACCCCUUGAAGAAAAUAUGCCAGAAACAAAUGCUUCAGCGGGUCAAUUAGUCAGUCAACAAGCUGGUGGAAAUGGCAAAGGAAAAGGAUCUAAUGUGUUUAGGCCUGGCUCAAAGGGCUGGCCACAAGACUCCAAACCUAUCGUGGAAAUUUUGUGUAAUGAUCAGGUGCUGGCAUCUGAAUUGAGUUUGGCGACUGUGAGGGCGUAUAUUUGGAAGAAACCUGAGGACCUAUACCUUCACUAUCGUAUAGUACCCAGCCGUUAAUUUAUUCUUUGUAAACAUAAUUAAAAUUUUAGUCGCUCAUAUUGUGCAUGGCCUAGAAUUAUCCUCGGCAUCAUCAGGUUACAUUGCAGUAUCCUGCCUUGUUGACCAAUACGACUGUUGGGAAGCUGAUAUUGAAUGCUAAUGGACACAAAUCUGUUGGCUUUAGUUAUUUCGAAAUGAUAGCUUUGUCGUGUAAAAUAGCUGAUUAUUUGUCUAAGAUAGUUAAGUCGAAGAGACCUGGGCUCACAAUUCUGCACGUGACAAUAUUUCCUAUUCAGAUCCCUUCAUCGCUGGAUGCAAUAAACCACAUUCAGAGACAACUUAGCAUCAUUUUAAACUUGAGCCAAGUAAGAGGAAUUUGCUUAAGGAUUACUUUGUUGCUUGUCAUAUGAGACAAGGUCACUUUUCA